UCGAUUCUGAUUAGCUUCAGUUUUCUUUGGCAAGUGUAAGAUCACGUUACAAAUUAUUUCUGUUUAGAGCAGAAUGGGUGAGAAAGUUCUUCUGGCUUAUUCGGGAGGUCUGGAUACUAGUUGUAUCCUGAAAUGGCUUUUGGAUAAAGGAUACGAAGUGAUUUGCUUCAUGGCAGAUGUCGGACAAGAGGAGGAUUUCGAAGUUGCAAGAGCGAAGGCUCUGAAAAUUGGUGCCAGCGAUGUCAUUAUCAAGGAUCUCAAAGAAGAUUUCGUCAAAAACUACAUUUGGCCUUCUAUACGAAUGGGAUUAAUAUAUGAAGAGAGAUACCUCUUAGGUACGUCUUUGGCCCGACCUUGCAUAUCAGUUGGACUAGUAGAAGUUGCCAAGGCUAAGGGAGCUCGAUACAUUGCACAUGGGGCUACAGGCAAGGGAAAUGAUCAAGUUCGAUUUGAACUUUCAGCUUAUGCACUUUAUCCGGAAGUUAAGAUUAUAGCACCGUGGCGUAUUGAAGAGUUCUAUCGGAGAUUUCAAGGACGUAGCGAUCUUCUAAACUAUGCUAAGGAAAAUGGCAUUCCGGUCAGCGCAACACCGAAAGCUCCUUGGAGCAUGGAUGCAAACAUAAUGCACAUCAGUUACGAAUCGGGAAUCCUUGAAGAUCCCUUAACCAUUGCACCUGAUAACCUUUAUCAAAUGACUGUGAAUCCAACAACGUUCAAGCCCCCACAUCGUCUUAACAUUUACUUCGAAAAAGGACUUCCCACCCUCGUAGAAGAUCUGCAAACACGCGCUAAAUAUAGUAAUCCCCUUGCGAUUAUUGAACAUCUAAACAAAUUGGGAUCGUUGUUCAGUAUCGGCAGGAUCGACAUCGUUGAGAAUAGAUUCGUAGGUUUGAAAUCUCGAGGAGUCUACGAAGCUCCAGGUGGCACAAUUCUCUUCACGGCUCAUCAGGAUCUGGAGAUUUUCUCAUUGGAUCGUGAAGUCUAUCGUCUAAAGACAUUUUUGCGAGAAAAAAUGUCAGAUUAUGUAUAUAAUGGAUUUUGGUUUAGUCCUGAAGCGAAGUUUACAAGGAAGUGUUUAGAGAUAUCACAGGAAACCGUUUCGGGAAAAGUUACAGUUGAGUUGAUUACGGGAAGCGUGCGUGCUAUUGGGAGAGAAGCUUCCAACAGUUUGUAUAAUCAGGAGUUGGUGUCUAUGGAUGUACAUGGAAAUUAUAGUCCAAGUGAUGCAUCAGGUUUUAUUUCUAUAAAUUCAUUGCGUUUGAGAGAGCAUUGUCGAGUGUAUGGAAGUAACUUCUGAUGACCGUGUAAAUUUUUAAUAAAUACUAGAAUGUA